CUCGGUCCUCCUCUCUUCUCCUCUCGCAGGUACAUGCCGCAAUUGGCCUCAGCACAGGUCCCUAUUCACUUCCCUAUUUCGUUUCUUAUGUAUUUCCCUCUUGGCGGAACAUGGCCUUGAGCUCGGUUUCUCGCCUGCUCCCCAAGCCCACCCUCCCUGCGUCGCGAACGGCAAUCCUGUCCGCUCCUCUCCGCCGUCCCCGUCCUCGCCUUCUCCGCCUCCCUCGCUCCCCGCGUCCAACCGCUCAGCGCUUCGUCCACACUAUCCCUCGGCCUCCCCCCCCUGCUCCCGUCGCGCCGUCGUCGCCUGCGUCCGCCGCCAAGCCCCGGAAGCUCCUCGAGCCUCACUAUGAGCUUACCUUUACCUGCGUGCCCUGCGGCGGCCGCUCCUCCCACGUCGUCUCGAAGCAGGGCUACCACAAAGGGUCCGUACUCAUAACCUGUCCCACAUGCCGGAAUCGCCAUGUUAUCAGCGACCAUUUGAACAUCUUUGGCGACCGUAAACUCACCGUCGAGGACCUCAUGCGAGAAAAAGGGCAACUAGUGAAACGGGGGACGCUAGGCGAGGAUGGCGACGUGGAGUUUUGGGAAGACGGCACCGUGACCGAACGAGGCGCUGCGGCGAAGAAUGCUGGUUCCGGCGGCCCCAGCGUGUCCGAUGAGCCAGCCGCUCUGCCAGACAAACCAGAACAAGGCGAGGAGGCAUUGGAGUCUCGGGAUGCAGGGCAUUCAUCAUUCCCGCCAACGAGCUCAACGACCUCCCCGAGAGCAGCACCGUUGGGAAAUACAGACGCUCGUCCAUCGCCGAAGAAUGGCCUGCCGUCUAUGCGACGCCAAUACUCUUCGUCGUCCCCGGCUGCCGCCAAGGAGCCCGAGCCCCUGAGCAAUGACGCCGUACCGCGUGGUCGUGCUUCAGGACGAGAAGGGGUUGAUCGCUCCGGCAAACUGUGGGUGGGAAGGGGACCAAAGCCAAAGGGAAAAGGCCCAUUCUUCCUACGCGAUACCCUUCUCUCAGACAUCCUCUCGUUGCGCCGCCGGUUUCUCGAACGCCCGAAGGAGAUGAAGACCUGGCCCAUAACCAAAAUCCCUCACGAAGGCUGGGACGUGCCUGGUCAAGAAGAAGCUAGGAUGAUACCUUUUAAAGGCCCCUUGACCCGAAUUCCCAGGGAGGAAAUGUCGUUCCCGCUAGGGCCAAGGCCCCGAAUUAUUCGCGUCCCAAGUUUCGGGGACCGUGGGAAUCCGGUAGGAAGAUGGGAGGACCGCCCUGAUCGUACCGAGCAGACACCGGAAGGUGACGGCCCUUUCAACAACGAGAUAGUGCCUGACAAAUUGCUGCAAGAUAACGAGAUUCGGCCUUCCCUCAGUCCGGGGACGUCAAAGAGCGGCAUCAUCAAGUUUAUACCUGUAAAUAAGACCAGAGAUGACCAGCCCCAAACCUACCCCGCUCAAGCCUAUGACGGACUGUACACUGGCGUUCGUUAUCACGUCGCCUCGGAAGGGCUUCCACCCAAGACCCCGAAGCUGAAGUACGAGAUAGACAACGACUUCCACAAGGACCCGCCGGUAGUGCGACGCCUACCCGUGGAUAAGCAGAAGGUUGUGCGCAUACAAUUCGUCAACGUAGCCUCGAAAGACGAUCAGCCGCGUUAUAUCCGCCCGGACCCGAACUUGUUGUUCAAGAAGAUUCGUCGGCCGGUGGGCGGCAUCUUGCCGUCUGCAGUGGGCGAAUCGACCCUAGGAAUCCCCAGGUCGGGAUCGAAGACCGCCCCCUCGGACAUAGUGAAGAAGGAGGAUGCCGCAGCGGACUCGCUUACGGACGACUUCCUCCGGAAAUUCGAAAGGGCUACGAAUGACCUGUGGGGCGACAAGAGCCUCUCCAAGAGCUUCCGCAACAUGAUCGAGAAUAGCGGCGACCAGCAACUCCCCAAGAAACGAUGGUAGCCCGGCGGGACCGGACGCAGACCCGACACCACCCGGGAAGACAAGAGGCAACGGCGGGUGGGUUGGAUGGCCGAAGGGAGAUCACCGGUGCCAUUCGCAGCUUUCCUCCGUGGCUAGGAGUGCCCGAAGAGAUGGUCGAUUUUCGCCGCGUAGUAGAAGUAGUAGAAGAAGAAGAAGCAACGUCGUGCUCGCUUGCGGACCCGGCGGGCGAGCCAAACCCCGAGAGAGACAGGCACCCAUCGCGCCCACUCUCCUCCUUCCCCUAAACAAGGUCCUACACGGAAUGCUAGGACAAGAGAAGAAAAAGGAAAGGAGAGAAGAGAGGAUCGACGAGAAAUACGUAUAACCUCUUCGCCCGUUCAUUAUCUGUACAACAUGUAACUGCUUCGUCCUU